AAAGGGUUAACCUGGGUGUCAUCGGCAAAGUUGUCGCCGAGCCGGGAGCCCGUUUAGGGGCCGCGGCGUCGCGGCUCGGGGGGCGGCCGGGCGGCCGGCGACGGUCGUGGCUCGGCGGGGCCCGCGCGGCCGGGGGGCUCCUGGGGGUGUGCGCCCCCAGCCGGCUGCCCUCGUGGAUGCCUCCCGGCGGCGGCGGGCCCAUGAAAGACUGCGAGUACAGUCAGAUCAGCACCCACAGCUCCUCCCCCAUGGAGUCGCCCCGCAAGAAGAAGAAAAUCGCGGCCCGGAGGAAAUGGGAGGUGUUCCCGGGACGAAACAAGUUCUUCUGCAACGGGAGGAUCAUGAUGGCCCGGCAGACGGGCGUCUUCUACCUGACUCUCAUCCUCAUCCUGGUCACUAGUGGACUCUUCUUCGCCUUCGACUGUCCGUACCUAGCGGUGAAAAUCACCCCGGCCAUCCCUGUGGUUGGCGGCAUCUUGUUCUUCUUCGUGAUGGGGACCCUGCUUCGCACCAGCUUCAGCGACCCUGGAGUCCUCCCGCGAGCCACGCCCGAUGAAGCCGCAGACCUGGAAAGGCAAAUAGAUGUUGCAAACGGCACCAGUUCCGGGGGGUACCGCCCACCUCCCAGAACCAAGGAAGUCAUCAUCAACGGCCAGACUGUGAAACUUAAAUAUUGUUUCACCUGCAAGAUUUUCCGGCCCCCGCGUGCCUCUCACUGCAGCCUUUGUGAUAACUGCGUAGAACGGUUUGAUCACCACUGUCCCUGGGUAGGCAACUGUGUGGGGAAAAGAAACUACAGAUUUUUUUAUAUGUUUAUUUUAUCUCUGUCUUUUCUGACAGUCUUUAUAUUUGCAUUCGUUAUCACCCACGUCAUCCUUCGUUCACAGCAAACAGGAUUCCUAAACGCCCUUAAGGACAGUCCUGCGAGCGUGCUGGAGGCCGUGGUCUGCUUCUUUUCCGUCUGGUCCAUCGUUGGUCUCUCAGGUUUCCACACCUACUUGAUCAGCUCCAACCAGACGACGAAUGAAGACAUUAAAGGAUCUUGGUCAAAUAAAAGAGGUAAAGAAAAUUACAACCCCUACAGCUAUGGAAAUAUCUUCACAAAUUGCUGUGUCGCCCUGUGUGGGCCCAUCUCCCCCAGCCUCAUUGACAGAAGAGGGUACAUCCAGCCCGACACCCCACAGCCGGCAGCACCCUCCAAUGGCAUCACCAUGUACGGAGCCACGCAGUCACAGAGCGACAUGUGCGACCAGGACCAGUGCAUUCAGAGCACCAAAUUCGUUUUGCAGGCCGCGGCCACGCCCCUGCUGCAGAGCGAGCCCAGCCUCUCCAGCGACGAGCUGCACCUGCCCGGGAAGCCUGGCCUGGGCACGCCCUGCGCCAGCCUGGCGCCCGGCCCGCCCACACCGCCCUCCUCCAUGCCCAACCUGGCCACCGAGGCCGCGCUCGCCGAAGUUCUGCCCCGCAAGGAGGAGCACGUGGCGCACCAGUUCCUGACCCCCGACGAGGUGCCCUCGCCCCCCGGCCUGCUGGCGGCGGGCAGCCCCCUGGCCCACAGCCGCACCGUGCACGUGCUGGGCCUGGCCAGCCAGGACUCGCUGCACGAGGACUCCGUGCGCGGCCUGGUGAAGCUCAGCUCCGUGUGAGCUGCGGGGGCCCGGCCUGCGGGCGACGACCUUCUCCUGACCGAGCGCCACAAACGAGGUGACAGCCCAGGGUCUAGGGUGCAGAGAUCCCAUAGAGAGUGGACAGAGCCCUGGCUGAUGGCAGCGGGUGGCGGGACCACAUGCUUAGAGCUUGGUUGUAUUUGAAUUUUCUUCUCCACCCUGAGCACUUUGACACAAAGGAAAAUAGAGAAGGAGCUGUUUUCGGGUGCUUGGAACCGAAAGGGUGGACCUGGGGGCCGUGCUGCCUCCAGGAGUAGAAUCCGAGUCUGGGAAGAACAGACUGCCUGGAAGUCACACCUCUGCCUGCUCUGGUGACAGACACAGGGAAGGUGGCCAGACUGAAAUUGCACUUAAGUGUUAUGCUACUAAUAUUGAAAUAGACAUGCCAUUCCAUUUGUUAAUUAAAACAACAAAGAAAACCUAACAGGAAAAAAACCGACUAGACUUGGGUUUGCAUGCCACGCUGCGUCUGCGUUACAGUGGUGUUGGUAUUCCAAAGGAGAUGCUGCUUUCUUUUUUCUUUCUUUUUCUUUUUUUUUUUCCUUUUUUUCUUUUUUCAAUUUUUUUUUUUUUUUUUGUGUGUGUGUGAGAAUUUUCCAGUGCUGUUUUGUUGGAAGACAGUACAGCAAAUGGAGACUAAUGGACCGUGUCAUCACCUGUCAGCCUGUUGGGCCUGGGUGUGUGUGGACAGGUGGCUGGGCUGCAGAGGGCGGCUGGGGUCUUACACAUCCGAUGUCAUGUAACCUCUGUUCAGAAUUCCAUGAGGUUUGUGUUGUGCAGCCCGACCAGAGUCUUCGCCUUCUUGUGUGCUGAAGCUUCCCAUGGAGAGCCAAUAAAAAGACCUCUGUUAUUCUGGGUCUGCGUACAGUUAUCCUUACCAGCUUAAAACAAAAUCACCUGUGGGGCCUAGGGAAGUUUGAUUUUAUUGAAGUAUCCCUAGUGAGGAAUGGUCUCAGAACAACCAAAAAUCAAAUCUUUUGAUUGGGAAAUAGUUACCGGAUGAUUUCCAUCAGUUUUAUUCCCCUUAAUCAUCUCUUUUUGACCCAGUCUUGUGGAAUUUGUCUACGUUUACAGACUGCCUGGUGGCAGUUAACCUGCAGUAGGUGCAGGGGAGAGGGUGCUCGGAAGAAGGGGCCUUGAGCUCCAAGUCAUGUUAACAUGUCACUGAACCCAGAAGCUGAAACUUGAGGUCCUAGGAGAGGUGUUAAAAAACAUGUUACCUAGAUGCUAAUCAGAAUGGAAUUUUAAAAUUAUCACCUUAUUUGCUUUCAUCUGUCACCUAGAAGGGAAGUGGCUUUGUACCUAGGAAGUAAGUCACUUAGGAGGCAGCUAUAGGGGACUCAGCAACAUCUCUCCUGUCUUCUUUCCAGAUGAUAAAUCUAAUAGCCAAAUCUACUCAAGUUAAAAAGUAUGGUCUUGUGAUAAUCGUGUAAAAAGACAAGAUGCAAUGAUCAUUGAUACGAGAAAUCUCAAAUGAUUUGCAUUUGGGGGAAAAGGCUGUUUCCCCUGGGAAGGAAUUGCCCUCUUAUAUAAAAGAAAAGGAAAGAAAAAAACAGAAGCAUGGUUUUCAAGUUUUAUUUGGAAUAAAGGCAGCUCACAGGUCAAAACAUAAUUUCUCCUGGAAAAAACUGCGUAAUUCUUGCCUUGCGUUAUCUUUGAACUAUUUUUCAUACUGUAUGCACGUAUAGAAAAUGGAAAGGCAAACUAUAUGUCAUCACCCGACAUCUAACUGCUCGUGCCUACUCCUAAGUUAUAAUGAUUGGAACACACCCACACACACUCACAGUCACCAAUAUACAGGGAUCCUCCUUGCACACAGAUUCUGUGCACAUAAAUUUGUGAGCACAAGGCGACAGCACACGAAGGAGCUUCCACGACUUCCCAAACCAUCUCUGCCCCUUGCCUCCUCCCACCUGCUUCCCAGAAACCGCUGGAGAGAGUCUAAUGAGAAGAGAAGGGUGCUCAAUGGGUGGCUUCGAAGCCACCUCAGCCCUCACUCCAGUAGCAUGUGUGGCCCCGUCCAUUUCCAAUUUCUGCUGCUGUAAGACAACAAGGAUCUGUAGAGCCAUUUCUCUUCUGGCAUUGCCUAAGUCAGUGGUUACCAAUUGCCUACAACCAGUCCUUCUUCCCACCUUAUUAUGUAAAAAACCAAGAAGCGAGGGUCAUUAUUCACUUAUCCUCACUUGACUAUUGACUUAAUAUUUAUUAUCAAUUCUCCCAGCACUGUCCCUAUACCCAGGUGGCAUCAUUUAUCAAAGAGAGGAUUGGGAAUUUUGGUGAAACAAAUGAAGGCCAUUCAGGUUUGAGAGAGAGGGGUAACUUGAAUGGGCCAAUUUGCUAAGACAAUGAAUGUCUUAAAUACCAACUGUCCAUGCUCCCAGGGGCCGGUCCCUUCUGUAGGGCUGGAGGGAUGGUCUGGGGCAUGGCUCGUCCAGUGAGGUGGUGGCUCUGCAUUUCCCAGAACAGAGAGGUGUAUAUAUUAAAUGACCAGCAGUUAUAUCUACCCAUGGCUGAGUACACUUGAUGUUUCUAAACUCUUUAUGUUAGUGAUUGACUGCAUGCUAACUGUGAAAAAUAAGAUAAAUAUUUUACCAUGCUAUUAAGGCUUGAACCAUUAUCUCUCUCUCUCUCUCUCUCUCCCACUCUCUCUCUCUCUCCCAUUCUGUUGUUUAAGAAUUCAUCUGCUUUCAUUCUCCUGGGAGCACUACAGGGGACCACAGGCUUCCUGGCACUUGAAGGCUAAACUUAGCCUGAGAGUCCUGGUCCCUAGAAAGCAGGCAGAAGGCACAGGAGGGUGACAGACAGACUACUUGGGAGGGCCGAUGACAUGUUACUCUGUGCCUGGGGGAACCAGCCCGGCCCUUAGGCUGUGCCCAGUAGAAAAAUGCUCACUCCAGCUUUCAAAUGUGAUUAUUUCAGCCUGUGAGAAUGAUUAUUUCAGCCUGAGCUAGCAAAAUGCCAAAUCACUGUUCUAGCCCAUGAUGGCACAAAGGAGGAGGCUUUCCACUGCCGCCCCCACCUCCCCACCAAGGACUGCAGUCUUCGUCGCUUGGGCCUAAGAUGAUUAUUGCAAACGAGAGGUAACCCCAUUUUAUGAGCCCCAUUCCUGCUGAGACCUGAUGGAUCAGUCCCUCUGAUGCUUUGAAGGCCCCUAAACUCUUCACAUCCUGGGCCCACGUCUUCUUGUCUGAUUCAACAGCAAGAAAAAUGAAUUUGCCAAAGUUGGCAAUAGGUAUCCUUGGCACUGGGGCUUGUGAUGGCAUCUCCUGGGAUGUGCUAGAACCUGAGCCAGGCAGAAACUGUCUCUGGGGUCCCCAGCCCACCUCCGCAAAGGCUUCUCUGUAACUCGGCUGCCCCUGUCUCGAGCUCAGCCAAAAACCAUCUUCUUCAUGCCAGGAACCAACUGCUUCUUACCCCCCAGCUUAGGGCUUUUGAGUUCAUUGGGAGGUAUCAGGGUCAGCAUUAAGAUCAUUUUUUAAUAUUUAAAGGCUAUAAUAGGAAUUUUUCCAGCGGUAGUUGUCCUUUAUUUACCCAAGAGAGUACAAUGUUGAUGCCAUUUAGUUCUUGAGCAGGUAAGAAAGAAAAAAAGGGAACAAAUGUUAAAUAUACUUUCUAAUUAAUGCCUUACAACUGUUUGAAAGCUGAGCCUAAGUCAAAUUGAUGUUUACAUUUUUUAUUAAAUACGUAUGAGUUGGGGGAGUCUAGUGUAUUCUCUUCCAAAUCAGAGAGACUUUCAAAUCAGCUCAUAUUCCUCCUGGUCCCUCCACCAAAUCUGGAGGCCUGUGUAUGGCAUUGUAUGCUGUUUCCAUGGUACUUCAUGAAAAAGAAAACUGCCUCUUACUUGUUCCCUUGAAACCUCUCUCUCUCUUUCUCAUAAGAAUAAGUUAUUGAAAUAUGAAAUGAUCUGAAGUGUCAUUUUCUUUCAAAUGAAUGUCAAAGUUUUGUGAAUCAGUAAGUCCUUUGUCCAUUUGCCCAUUGUACAUGGUCCUGAUAAUACAGCCAAGAUGGAUUUUCACAUCUACAUGGUUAGGACAUUAAUCCAGCCAUAAAAAAUAAUUGGGAUAUUGAAGAUUAGAUUGUUUCUGGAAUAACUGAAUUUGCAGCUGCCACAAAACUAGAUAAAUGGCUUCAACUGGAAUUAUGUUUCAAUCUCAUAAACCCCAGAAAUUAUACCCAGAAUGGAUUGGAAAGCAGAUGAGCAUCUUAUGAUAUUCAAAGACUUUUUUUCCCCAUCAGUUGUUGAAUUUUUAAAAGAAGCUUGAUGUUGCUGAUGAAGACGUGAACGAACAACUCUGAAUUGUCUUCAGUAUUUUAAACAUGUAAACCAAGGGGCCACAUGGCAUAUCCAAGAGACAUAUGUUCUGGAUUCUGUACGAACGGAGGUGGUUUGGGCAUACAUUUUAAAAAAAGAAAAAGGUUGAAGCCUUGCUAACCUUUGCCCAGAGCAUUCUGGGUUGAUACUUCACAAUAGUCAAACAUUUUGGCAUGAAAUGAAAAAAGAGCUUUAAACUCUUAGUAGAUUCAAAGCCCCAAGUCUGAACAAUGCUGAACUUGUAUACAUCUCAUGUUUUCAGAGAUAUGUAUGCUUAAGUGCCUUUCAUGUUUUAAUCAAUGUUUGUAGAAUUUAUCUUAAACCUGAAAUGAAUUUAAAAAGCAUUUUCCUCUUUCAAUAAA